UUGGCCGAUGCAAGUCUGAAGGGUGGAUCUGCAGAAACCCCCUGACUGGGGCGAGGGAGGGAUCUAAGCACGACAGCCAAUAACAACCAGCAACAGCACACACCCCUGCUGCACACCAACCCCAGACAACAAGCCCUCACACACACAUCAACAAGAUCCCAGGAACUGGGGAAAGGAGCACCAUCAAAGUAGCACCGCCCCCCUGCUACUACCCCUUCUGCUCCCUCAUCACCCAUUAUUACCAUCGUCCAGACCAGCUGUACCAUCCAGCGGGGGUAGAGAGAGGUACUGGAGGCAGAGGCACCACCAGGUGUCUCCAGGCGGUGUCAAUCACCACUAAGGCUACUGCUCCAUCCCCUCCACCACCACCACUACCACCAUCUCAGUAGGCCAAAGGGGAAGGCACAGGGAGCACAAGACGAGGACUCCACAAUAUCCAGUCCCCCCACCACUCCCACUGCCAACUGGGCAGGGCAAGGGAGUCCCAACCACCGCAUAAGCUCCAGCACCACCACCAUCACCACCACCAGUACUCAGUGGGCGGGCAUCAAAGAAGCACCCAGAACCACUACGACCGCCAUCAACACCCAGCUUCAGGACGACACAGCAGUAGGGAUAGGGAUCCAUCCAACCAGGCAGAGUGACCACCAUCAGGACCCUCCAGUGUCCACCCAUCACCAUCACCAAAGGACUAAGGAGAUCAUCCACCCAGACAAAGGGACCUAGACCCAGACCAAAGGACACCAGUAUCCUGCCAGCAGUACUCCCACCACCCAUACCCAGCUACAGGGGCAGGGAGCACAGCACAAGCAUCACCCAUCCAGGCAAAGGGAAGCCAGACCAGACCAGAUCAGAUCAGACCGGACAAGGACCAAGAGCACCCCAGCCAGCCAUGGCGGCGUCCCCCAUAGCGGAGUACUACGCGGGGAAGAGCGUGCUGAUCACGGGGGCCACAGGCUUCAUGGGCAAGGUGCUGGUGGAGAAGCUGCUACGCUCCUGCCCGCGCGUUAGCGCCCUCUACCUGCUGGUGCGGCCCAAGGCGGGGCAGAGCAUGCAGGAGCGAGUGGUGGACAUGAUGAAGUGCAAGUUGUUUGACCGAGUGCGUGAGGACAACCCGGACUUCCACAGCAAGAUCGUAGCGGUGAGCAGCGAGCUGACACAGCCGGGCCUGGGCAUCGGGGCAGGGGACGUAGAGCGCCUCACCGCCUGCAUCAACAUCGUCUUCCACUGCGCGGCCACCAUACGCUUCGACGAGCCACUCAAACAUGCGCUGCAGUUGAAUGUGAUCGCGACGCAGCAGCUCCUGUUCCUGGCGCAGCAGAUGAAGCAGCUGGAGGCCUUCAUCCACAUCUCCACGGCCUACGCCAACUGCAACCGCCGCCACAUCGACGAGGUCAUCUACCCGCCACCCGUCGAGCCCAAGAAGCUCAUCGACUCCCUCGAGUGGAUGGAGGACAGCAUCGUGCGGGACAUCACGCCGCGGCUGAUCGGCGACCGGCCCAACACCUACACAUACACCAAGGCGCUGGCCGAGUGCGUGGUGCAGCAGGAGAGCGCCAACCUCAACGUGGGCAUCAUACGGCCCUCCAUCGUGGGCGCCAGCUGGCAGGAACCCUUCCCGGGCUGGAUAGACAACUUCAACGGGCCCAGUGGCGUCUUCAUUGCGGCAGGGAAAGGCAUACUGCGGACCAUGCGUGCUAAUAACGAUGCUGUGGCUGACCUGAUUCCUGUGGACGUGGUCAUCAACCUUACACUAGCGGCAGGAUGGUACACAGCCGUGCAGAAACCCAAAUCAGCGCUGGUGUACAACUGCACGACAGGCGGCAUCAACCCUUUCCACUGGGGAGAGAUAGAGCACCACGUGAUGUCCUCCUUCAAGAGGAACCCUCUGGAGCAGGCCUUUAGGAGACCCAACGCCAACAUCACCUCCAACUACCUGAUCAACCAGUACUGGAUCCUGGUCAGCCACAAGUUCCCCGCCCUCCUCUACGACCUCUUCCUCCGGCUGUCUGGACAGAAGCCACAGAUGAUGCGCAUCUUCAACCGGCUACAUAAGGCCAUUGGCCUGUUGGAGUACUUCAGCCGUCAGGACUGGGAGUGGAACUCUGAGAACAUGAGCAUGCUGAUGAGCCAACUCAGCCCAGAGGACCGCAAGACUUUUAACUUUGACGUGCGCCAGCUGAACUGGCCCGAGUACAUCGAGAACUACUGCAUGGGCACCAAGAAGUACGUCCUGAAGGAAGACAUGUCCGACAUCCCCGCGGCACGGCAGCACCUCAGAAAGCUGAGGAACAUCCGCUACACCUUCAACACGGUGCUGCUGGUCUUCAUCUGGCGUGUCUUCAUUGCUCGUUCCCAGAUGGCGCGUAACAUCUGGUACUUCGUGGUCAGCCUGUGCUUCAAGUUCCUCUCCUAUUUCCGGGCGUCCAGCACACUGACCAACUGAUCUCUCGUGUGACUGCUCUUCCUUCUCCUCCCCAAAUCCUCUCAACACUAC